UUGUAAUGUUUUUGUUUGUUUUGGUGAUUAUCUAUUAAAUUAAAAAACCUGGAAAAACUACAAUGUUAUCCUUAUCAUCGAGAAUGAUCGACAACAAAUCAAUGGAUAAUAAUAAUUUAUGGCCAGAUCCCUAGUCAUGGUUUUACCCUUUACCAGUGAAUAUCAUCAUGGUAUAAAGCUGCUGACAUUUUGGAAUUAUUAUUCAACCGAAACAAAAUCUUGCCAACGAUGUUCAAACACUAGCCAAAAAACAAAGACCGCAGUAAGUAGCCUCCCGAACAAGACUGAGCAGAGUCCAAAUCCGUCCACGAAUUACAUUUCGUUGGAUUUUCUUGCCUGAAAAAACAUACCUACUAUAAUGAUUGGGCCUUCAUCACAAAUAAGCAAAAUCCUAGUAGGCUUACUAUGCCUAAUGCUUAUCUACUACGCUUACAUGGAUUAUAAUUUAUACGUGCGCAUUAAUAAUUAUCCCAUUAAUAACGAUUUAAGAUUUAAUAAUAGUGCAGAAGAAUAUAAGGAUGUUACUUGGAUAAAAUGCGACAUAAACCCUUUAUGUGAAGUUACUGUAAAAGCAGUUUUGUUAGAUCACACAAAUUAUUACUUGCUAGCCCCACUAGUUACAAUAGUUGAUAAUUUAAUGCACAUUUCCGAUAUCAAGCUUAUCACUCCAAACUCUAUUAGCUUUUUUCAUGUAUUUGUGGCUAUAUUGAGUGCUAAAUGCAUUUCCAGUGGUAAUUUAGCAUACAGACGUAUUGGUGUUAUUCUAUUUGAACUCAGAACGUGGCUGGACGAUUUAGACGGUCACGUGGCCCGAGUACGAAAGCAUAUAAAAGGAGAACAUUCUGAAAUUGGUACUCAAGGUUUUUACAUUGAUGGCAUUUGUGAUGCACUAGGGUGCACCGCUCUAGUCAUCGGAAUUUGGAUUUAUUUUAAAAAUAAUCCUCCUAGAAGGGGUUAUAUGCAAUUGCCAGCUGACUCAAAUGAUAAACUAUGCCGCAAAGUGGCAAUGAGAAAAAUUGUGAAAAAACUAGGGUUUUUCACUAUUCAAUUGAUUAUCAGUUCAGCUGCUUGGAACCGAUAUAUAGCUUUGUAUCAAGACUUGUUGGAACGUGACAAUGCUAAUUUAUAUGGACGGCAAAAUGAUAUAAUGACUAGUAGCUUUUUCUAUACAAUUUGCUGGAUGUGGCGAGUAGUCAACAUACACAAUAUGCUUCAUUGUUUACUGAUGGCAAUAUUUUGCGAUAAACUGUGGGAAUUUUUGUGUUACUUGCAAUAUUUGGGCUACGGAAUCUUGUUUUCUGUCAUUUGCAUUACGGAGUUGCAUUUUAUUGAUGCGAAAAAUUACGUUUUCAAUUGGAUAACUGGUGCUAACGAUGUAAAGUAAUCUAAAUUCACAUUAUAAUAAUAUAUUGUACUAUGAAAAAGAAAAGUUAGGGUGAGGUUAAGACUGUGAUAUGUUUGACUUAGAAGCGCGAAGAAUAGGAAUUUGAUGCCUUUGCAGGAUUUGAUUAAUUUUCCUAUUAAAAAUUUACCCUGUGAGGGUCAAAUAUAAGCUUUUUGAAUUCACUUUUUUAGUUUAAUUUUUGGGAUUAGUAGGAGUACCGGAAAUAGAAUUUGUAUGCUUUUUUGAUUUCCUCUUUGUGUCUGAAUUUUUGUCAAUAAUUC